AUGAAUACCCGUCCUGUCAUCGAUGAGUCGGCAGGGCCCAUUGCGCUCUCAGCCUCGUUCAACAGCGAUGCGAGCUGCUUCGCUAUUGGCCUCGACACGGGCUUCUGUGUCUUCAAUUCGGAUCCCUGCGAACUCAAGGCUUCCAGAGACUUAAAUGCCGGAAUUGGUACGGCGGAAAUGCUGGGGCGAUAUAACUAUCUGGCCUUGGUUGGAGGUGGCAAGAAUCCCAGAUGGCCUCAGACAAAAGUUAUGAUAUGGGACGACGCCAAACAGAAAAUCGCCAUCACGCUCGAGCAAAAGACCGCGGUGCUGCGCGUGCGCCUGACCAAGUCGUGGAUUGCCAUUGCAAUCCAGAACAGCAUCAACCUCUACAAGUUCUCCUCGCCCCCUGAAAGAACCGCCAUCUUUGAGACGGCAGACAACCCGCUGGGCUUGUGCUGUCUGGGCUCUAGAGUCGUUGCAUUCCCGGGGCGCUCACCGGGGAAAGUACAGCUUGUGGAACUGGGAUCGGGGAACGUGAGCAUCAUCCCAGCGCACACGUCUGCCCUGCGAGCAAUGGACUUGAGCAGGGACGGUCAACUGUUGGCUACUGCGAGUGAAACGGGCACACUGAUUCGUGUCUUCUCGACAGCAAAUUGUACGAAGAUUGCGGAACUGCGUCGUGGGGUGGAUCCGGCGUAUAUCUUCAGCAUCGCCAUCUCUCUCGAUUGCAGUAUGCUUGCCGUCACCUCGGACAAAUCGACCUUGCAUGUCUUCGACCUGCCACCGAAUUCCUCUUCACAGUCCCAACCGACCAGCCCACUCAGUCCCUCUUCCCAACAACGCCGCUCUCAAUCGCCACAUAUCCCGACCAUGGCCGAGGAGGAACCACCGACAAAUCAAAAAUGGGGCUUCCUUUCGAAGAUCCCGCUGCUGCCCCGUGUCUUCUCCGAUAUCUACUCGUUCGCAUCUGCGCAUUUUGAGAUGGGCGAUGAGAGCGUUGGCUUCAAUCACUCGACGCUGUCGUACUUGCCCGCGCUUGGGUCCUUGCCGAACCGGCCACAGAAAGGAAUCUUGGGAUGGAUAGACAACUCGACGAUCAUUUGUAUUGGGACAGGAAGGGAUGCACGGUGGGAAAGAUUUAGAGUUGGUGAAAGGCCCGGGGUGACGGAUGAAGGGCACAGGAGUGUAUGGAGGGAUGGGUGGAGGAAGUAUUUGGGAAGCUGA